UAAAACCCUAGUUGGACAGGAGCACUGUGAGGCAAUGACGACCCGGUUGAAGAAAAACCGAAAGAAGAGAGGCCACGUCAGCGCCGGUCACGGCCGGAUCGGGAAGCACCGGAAGCACCCCGGCGGGCGGGGAAACGCCGGAGGGAUGCACCACCACCGGAUCCUGUUCGACAAGUACCACCCGGGGUAUUUCGGUAAAGUGGGCAUGAGGUACUUCCACAAGCUCCGCAACAAGUUCUACUGCCCCAUCGUCAACGUCGACAAGCUCUGGUCCCUGGUGCCGCAGGAGGUCAAGGACAAGGCCACCAAAAACGACGUGCCGUUGAUUGACGUGACGCAGCACGGGUUCUUCAAGAUUUUGGGUAAGGGGAAGCUGCCGGCGGACCGGCCUGUGGUGGUGAAGGCCAAGCUCAUUUCGAAGGUGGCCGAGAAGAAGAUCAAGGAGGCGGGCGGCGCUGUGGUUCUCACCGCCUAGGGUUUUGCCUCGUUAAGAUUUAUGGGACCUAGGACGAAGUGGACAUGGGAAGGAGACUGAUCACUGGUAGCAUAUUACAAGUUAAAAGUGUUGGUCAAGGGGCAUACAUCUCAACAAAAAGUGUGGAUGCAGGUUCUUCUCUGUAGAUUAUA